CGGAAGUGGGGCGGGAGUACCGGAAGCUGAGGGGAGUUUCCUGUGAUCUUGGCUUCCUCAACAUGGCGGCGCCCUUGUCAGUGGAGGUGGAGUUCGGAGGCGGUGCGGAGCUCCUGUUUGAUGGUGUAAAGAAACAUCAGGUCACCUUACCUGGACAGGAGGAGCCCUGGGACAUCAGGAACCUACUUGUGUGGAUCAAGAAGAAUUUGCUAAAAGAGCGGCCCGAGUUGUUCAUCCAGGGAGACAGCGUACUCAGACUGUUGCCUCCACUUCCUGGGAGGUCUUUAACCAGAACCUCCAGAGGAAAGACUCCUUCCACACUCUCUGCAGCCCACCUGCCGAAGCCUCUGCCCCUGCUGCUGGCUGCCUCCUGCCCUUCACUCCCUGCUACUCACUGCCACCUUUCCCACAGGCGGCCAGGGAUUCUGGUGCUGAUUAAUGAUGCCGACUGGGAACUGCUGGGUGAGCUGGACUACCAGCUUCAGGACCAGGACAGCGUCCUCUUCAUAUCCACGCUGCACGGAGGCUAAGGGCCCCUCUCUGUACCUGGUGCCCCUUGGGAUGGGGGGAAGAGAACAGUCAGACAUGCCCCUGGGCCCUGCUUGCCGAGUUCCCUGUCCCCCCUUGGCUGCUUUCUUCUCUGCUCUGUCCCCUGAGCUCCCUCCAGGCAGGGAAAAAGAGGCCAGGUGCUAAAAAUGAGUCUUUCUCAGGCACGUGAGUAGGGGAAGGCAGACGCCUGAGCCAGGCACUCCCUCUCCCCGCAGCUGAGUUGGGGGAGGGAAUCCCUGUGGUUUGUCAGGAGUGAAGGGGGAGCUCCAGGUGAUCCAGCUGCCUUCCAGCUCUUUGGCUCUCAGUCUGAACACUGAGUGACCACUAAUAAGGCAUUCAUUCAAGCUCCUGGGCCGCAGUGUCUUGUGGGGAAGAUGAAUGGACCCAAAUAGCUGAUGGGAGGCCCCUCCCUUCUCAAAUAUUUGAGGGGUCUCCGCCUCAGUUUCCCCAUCUGGACAGCAGAGGGUUCUGCCUGUCCCCCACUGAUACCAUUAUGGAACCCCAGCUGGGGUCCCCUAUUCAGUGCUGACCCCCUCCUCCCCACCCAGCAGCUGCUCUUCCAACCACAUCCCUCCUCCUGCUUCCCCCAUCCCCAGCCCUUGACCCUGCCUGGCCUUCCCCCCCACAGGCCACCAGAUGGGCUUCUGAGACCCUCCCCCAGCAAAAGGCUGCCUUCAGCUCAUUCUGGAGAGAGGGAGGGAGUAGGCUAACCCUUGGACUGGCAGAGAGAGACUGGAGGGUGAAUGAAGCGGGUCAGUGUGCCUCAGUUUCCUCCCUAACAACAACUGUUUAUAGCGUCUGAAAACUGGGGUGAUACUUGAUGGCACAAAUGUAGACCUUAUCUCCCUUCCUACCUCCUGCAGGAAGCAGGAUGGGGGUCAGGCAGCACCUGGUAGACAGGACAGUUCACCUCUCCCUCCAUCCCCUUGGGAAGUCUUGGGGCCUGUGUCUGAAGCAGCUGGCCUUGGGCAAAUAAAAGACUAGGUUGUUUACUA